GCGGAGCGCAUCGAUCGCUCCAGUGCGUGCAUCCACCCAUCCACCCUCUCGGCGCUCGGCUCCCUCGGCAGCUCCAGCCCUCCCCGUCCCCCGCCAUUUCAGACCGGGACGGAAAGGAACGCAGAGCGGCCGCCGCGGCGGGGCGGGCAAGGGAGGUGCCAGCGUGCUCCCGCGGCAGCGCCAGGCAGGGAGGGAGUUGCUUUCCGGUAAUAGUAAAGGAGCGUGAAACUGAAUGAGAACGCACCAACGGCAUCCUCAUUAGCCGGAGCCCGACUCUGCUUAAUGUUGGUUUCUUUGUCAUCAGGUCUGCUAAAAAAUGACAGAAUAUAAACUUGUUGUCGUUGGAGCUGGUGGUGUAGGCAAGAGCGCCUUGACAAUACAGCUAAUUCAGAAUCACUUUGUGGAUGAAUAUGACCCUACAAUAGAGGAUUCCUACCGGAAGCAAGUAGUAAUUGAUGGAGAAACUUGUCUCUUGGAUAUUCUUGAUACAGCAGGUCAAGAAGAAUACAGUGCAAUGAGGGACCAAUAUAUGAGAACAGGGGAAGGCUUCUUGUGUGUAUUUGCUAUAAACAAUACAAAGUCUUUUGAAGAUAUUCACCAUUAUAGGGAACAAAUAAAGAGAGUUAAAGACUCUGAAGAUGUCCCAAUGGUGCUAGUAGGAAACAAAUGUGAUUUGCCUUCCAGAACAGUAGAUACAAAACAAGCUCAGGAUUUAGCAAGAAGUUAUGGAAUUCCUUUCAUUGAAACAUCAGCAAAAACAAGACAGAGAGUGGAGGAUGCUUUUUAUACAUUGGUACGAGAGAUUCGGCAGUACAGAAUGAAAAAAGUCAGCAAAGAAGAAAAGACUCCAGGGUGCGUGAAAAUUAAAAAAUGCCUUAUAAUGGGUGUUGAUGAUGCCUUCUAUACAUUAGUUCGAGAAAUCAGAAAACACAAAGAGAAGAUGAGCAAAGAUGGUAAAAAGAAGAAAAAGAAGACAAAGACAAAGUGUAUAAUUAUGUAAAUACAGUUUAUCCUUAUUCUUAAGAAGUACUUAAGUAAUUUUUGUACAUUACACUAAAUUAUUAGCAUUUGGUUUAGCAUUACUUUACUUUCUGCUUCAUGAUCCUUUUAGCUUUACCUGAAUGCUUGUUUUAAAUGACAGUGGAAACUUCAUUCCUCUUAAAGUGCCAGUAUUCUUUGACUGUUGGUUCUUGAACUAGCAAUGCCUGUGAAACAAAAAAAAAAACAAAAACAAAAAAAAACCACACAAAAACCUGAGAACUGUCUUGGAACUCUUCGGUGCAUGCACAGUUGCUAACUUCUUAUUUUUCUUACUGAUUGUGAACUUCUGUUCUGUGUGCAAACCAAACAAUGAAAUGAUGCUCUACACAUUCUGACAUCCCCUUUAGUUUUUUUGGCAUUUAAAUCUGGUUGGGAAAAAGGACUAGCUAGCAAAAGAGACUUUUCAUUUCAGCCUUUUAUUUUAGACUGACUGCAAUAUAGAGAGACCAGAAGCCUUUAUAGUCUUCCUGUAGAUUUUGCUUCUAGGCAUCUAGUCUUGUAGCAUUUCAGAUCAACUUUAAUGAAUGUAAAGAUAAAACUUUCAGAAAAAAAAAAAGUUUUUCACUGCAAUUUGUCUCGGUCGCUCCGUAAAUACUCUAUUUUUUCUAUAAAAAAAAAGAAAAAAUUAAAAAAAGACAACAAUGCACAUCUGGCAGUGGAAAAAGUAAAAGUUUGAAUUAGGUUGAUUUGAUAUUAUUAAUGCAUUGCUUUAAGACUUUCACUAACUUUUUGUGUCUGAAGACCAAGGUGAAAUCCUAGCUCUCCUGCAUGACAAAUCUGUACGUAGCUUUGUUCAGUAGGUACAGGAUUUCACCCUUAGCGUGUCUAGAAAAUACUAGAAAGCCUUAACAGAUAAGUUGAUUCAAAUUCUUAGGUUAAUUCAUACGUGGAUUCAGAAUUUACCAUAAGAAUUAAAUCAGAAUGAAUCCUAAAUUAUAUAGGGAAGUAAAACCAUACCCCCCCCCCCCCCCCCAAGAGUGGCACUGAAUAUUUUCAGGUGCCCAUUUUGUGCAAAAUAGGGGAGGAAUUUUAAAUUCUGGUGACAUCAAAUGAGUGAAUGAAUGAGUUGAAUUUAGCUGCUUCAUGCAAGUAAUUUGGGAAUCCACUAUGCCAUAAAAAUGGUGUGGAAUUUGCACAAACCGUCUGCAUAAAACAUGGUUUCCAGUGUCAGUGUUGUUUGUGUACUGUUUGUGAAGUACUUGUUUUGUUGCACAGAAUAAAUGGUUGGUGAGUGGCAUUCCAGUGUCUAGACUAUCAUGAAGCUAGACCAAGAUUUUAACAUUGUCUCUCUCCGUGAUUUAAGUUCUCUUGUGAUCACUCCCCCGCUUUUCUUUCUCUGAUUGGAAUUAAUGCAGAAUUUUUGCAGAAGCUUUCAGUUUAGUCUAGGUAUUCUGCACUGAAGUAACAGCCAGUAGUAAUUCCAGUGUUGCCAGCUCCUGUUGUCAUACUGUGUGUAAACGUUGCAUUGUUUGGUUGGUUGUUAGGGCCUGGGUUCCUGAAGGUAUGCUUCUUCAUAGUAUCUAACUCAGCUGCAGGGUGAAACUUGAAAAUGUGACUCUGGUGUACCCAGAAAAGUAAAACACAAGACAUUGAAGUAGGAUAGUUCAGGACACUGGAAAGUUUGGAGCAGGGAAGAGCAGCAUUGCCCUAACCUCAAAGUAUACCUAAAGAAUUAUGUGGAAAUCUUACACAGUACAGUUUUCUUGUACCUGCGUAACUUGGACCAUUUAUAGGAUGUCAAAGGUGCAAUUGCAUGAGGAAAGUAGUAUUCUGCUUCUAAAAUACCAUCCCCCCACACCUCGAAAAUCUUGUAGGUGGAGGGCUGCAAAACAGGCAGGACUGCUGCCUGUCUGGAUUGCUGCAGCAUGUCUGGAUUGCUCCAUGUUAAUUUCAAUGUGGCUGAGAAAAAUAAUCCCCUGCACCUCCCCAUUCCCCAGGCUCCCUCUCCUCCUUUCAGCUUUGAUGAGAAAUAUAGAUUAUUAAAUAUUCUGAAAAACAGUAAUAGGAGAACCUAACAUUAUAACAUAAGGACCAAUAAGGAAUGAGAAAAGAUUCUUAAUGUUGCAAAACAUUUCAUAGCUUCCAAGGUUAAAACAUUACGGAGACAGUUAGUUACUUGCACAUUUUAGACACUCUUGAUUAUGUAUGAAGAAAAUAGCAAAAGUGGGUAGUAUACCUUGAGUAAGGGGAAGUAAUCUUAAGUUUACUUCAAGAUUUUUGGUAACUGAGUCACACUGCAUGUAAAAUUAGGGCUGGUCUAAGAUUCUUAGUUAACUAAAAACUGGAGAAAUUUUAGCUGAAAAGUCUUAAUCAUCAAAUGUGGAUUUAUAUAGCUCUGAUAUAAAGCUAUAUAUAUAAUAGUUUUGUGCUGGGUUUUUUUAGUAAAUAUGAUCUGUAGCUACCAAUCUAAUUAAAUCAGUACAAACCCUGUUUAGAUUAGCCCUUAUUUACUUCAAAAAAUACACAUCCUUGCCACUGUUGUGCAGUUUUGUCUUAAUAUUUUUGAGAUUUGGUGAAGCAUGUUGGAUUGCAGCUUGCACAAGUCAAUCUCAUAAUUAUCCUGUCUUUCCCUAUUUGAAAUGCUUUCACAGAACAUACCUGGGUGCUGUCUGUUCUGAUAGCAGCUACUAAACGAACAUGUGAAUUGCUUACCACGUUAAUAGAUUAAAAUUGCCAUGUGUCAGGGAGUAACACCUUCUUACAGUAGCUUUAUGUAACUCUGGUAAACAACUUUCUCAUCAGUUUUUCUCAAAACUGAAAUGUCAUUAUUUUGAUUAGUUUCAUUGCCCUAAAAUGUUUUCUAACUUAAAAAAGUUUCACCAUAUAGAUUUUGUUACAGUAGCAUGAUCUCUGUAAUGGGUAAAUACUGACACACAAUCUUCUGCUCCUAUCUACGCUCUGAAGCAAUACAAUUACCUUCAAAGACCAUCAGACUGUAAACAAAUCAUUUUGUCUCAAGUUUACAUAAAGCUACAUAGAUGGUAAAUAUUUCCUAACAUUUCUUUCUUCCACUGUCUUGUGUUUUCAUGUUGAAAAUACUUCUGCUUUUUCCUCUUGAGUGCCAACUUCUUACUAGAAUGACUUCUUAAUGUAAUAUGUUUACCUGGAAUGUAUUUUAACUAUUUUUGUAUAGUGUAAACUGAAACAUGCACAUUUUGUACAUUGUGCUUUAUUUGAUGUGGAACAUAUGCAGUGUGAUCCAGUUUUUCCAUCAUUUGGUUGUGUGACCUAGGAAUGUUGGUCAUACCAGAUGUUAAGUUAAAAAAAAAGGAAAAAAGAAAAAAAAAAGACCACUGUUUGUUUUAAAACUUUUAAUGUUUUUAGGAGUAUGUGCUGUGAGGUGAUCUGGAAUUUGUCAUUUUUUUGUCAAACUGUACUGCUCCUAUUUAUUGUAAUGUAAUAAAAAAUAGUUAUUGUGAA